AUGCAGCGUCGUUAUGACCCGUCAGCAGCAGCAGCAGCAGCAGCAGCAGCAGCAGCAGCAGCAAUGGCGCGCGGUGGCAGCAACAGCAGCAGCAGCAGCAGCAGCAGCCGAGGCGGCAGGACUACAUUGGGGCGCUGUGUCCGAAGGCGGGCCGGGAGACGGAGGCUCAGCAGCAGCAGCAGCGAUAGCAGCAGCAGCAGCAGCAGCGACAGCAGCAGCAGCAGCAGCGGCAGCAGCAGCGCGGUGAGCGUCUCCAGCAGCAGCGAUGCCCCAGCCAAGCCGUCUAGACACCGCAUGUCUCUAAGAGACAGCAGCAGCAGCAGCAGCAGCAGAAGCAGCAGCAGCAGCAGCGGCAGAGACAGCAGGACCAGCAGCAGCAGAGACAGCAGCAGCAGCAGCAGACACCACAAAAGGAACCGAGGCCGUAGCCAGUGCUGCAACAGCAACAGCAGCAGCAGCAGCAGCAGCAGCAGCAGCAAGGACCAGCAGCAGCAGAGACAGCAGCAGCAGCAGCAGACACCACAAAAGGAACCGAGGCCGUAG